AUGGCCGAGAUCCAGGCCAAGCUGCAGUCCCUUUCCGAGGAGUAUCAAAAGCUCCAGCAGGAUCUCCAGAACACAGUGGCUUCGCGCCAGAAGCUGGAGGGCCAGAGACAAGAAAACCUGGGAGUGCAAAAGGAAUUUGAAAACAUCGGCGAGGAUGAGACCAUCUACAAGCUUGUAGGACCAGUCCUGCUGAAGCAGGAAAAGUUCGAGGCUGAGAGCACCGUCAAGGGCCGACUGGACUUUAUCGGAGGCGAAAUUACAAGAUUAGAGGGCCAGAUCAAGGACACGCAGGGGAACAUUGAGAAGAAGAAGACUGAGAUUAUCCAGAUUCAGGCGGGGGCUCAAGGGGCCAUUGGCGCACAAUAG